UUUUUUUUUUUGUUUAAAUUUUAUUAUUCAUUCAUUUAUUCAUUCAUUUACUUCAUUCCCAUUAAUUUGAGUUGAUUUUGUAUGGCCAACUUGCCUGAAAUCAUAUGCCGUGUACGUGCAAUAUACCCCUUUCAAUCGAACGAACGGGCCUCUUUAUCCUUUAACCCUGGCGACGAAAUAGAUGUCCUUACUCAAUUAGAAUCCGGUUGGUGGGAUGGUUGGUGUAAUGGUAUGAGAGGUUGGUUUCCUUGUAAUUAUGUUCAAAUAAUUCAAGAAAGUACAAUGGAUCAAUUCAAUGAUAUUGCUCUUUCUCCUGAUGAAGAUAUUGAUCAUUCUUUUCAACGUCAACAGGAACUACAACGACCUACACGACAACGACAACAAUAUAGUAUAAGUAGUAGCAAUAGUAGCAGUACAAACAAUUCUUCUAGGCAAACUCCUCCACCACCACAACAACAACCAAAAUCUGAUACAAGCCUGGAUUCUCAUUUACCCGAAGGAUGGAAUUUAUUAGUUGCUGACGAUGGAAAAACGAGUUACUACUACAAUCAUUUGACUGGUGGCAUGCGAUUUAAACAUCCUGGAUUAUCAGAUUCUGAUGGUGACUAUGAUAAACGUAAAAUUAUGACUGCAGAUGCUUUGAAACGACUUAGUAUGGGUUCUAGUGACGAUGAAGAAGCUAUCACUCGACAAUUCCAACAACAACAUUAUCCAUAUCAAUCAAAAUCUCAAGAUGCAACUGAAUAUGAACAUGAUGAUGAUGAUGAUGAUGAUGAAAAUAAUGUAGAAAAGAUGAUGAAAUCUUGGGUACAACGUGAAACUCCUCAAGGUCGUCCUUACUUUUGUAAUUUGAUCACUCAGGAAACCACUUGGAAUUAUGAAGAUAUCGAUCCAACCACUGGUCAUUUACGAACAACGCAAGAUGACACAUCUAGUCAAGAUACUGAUCAACAUGGACCAGAGACACCUACUACUCAAGGAAACUCAUCUGGAGAUGGACUAGGAAAUGAUAAAAUAGGAUCAGACGAUCAAACACCUCUAGAACCGGAAAUCACUUGGUCAACCCUUUCUUCUGAUAUUGCAUUAGCUAUUCAUCAACUCAAUACUGUGGCUCAACAAGGACAACGACAAAAAUUAAUGGGAAAUACUUCAAUAGUGGUAGAAACUAUUCGUGUCAUGCUUUAUGCCAGUGGAUCAAUGGAAAAGGAUGUAUCUCAAACUCAAGACCCUGCCCUCCGAGAACCUCGACGUGCUGUUAUGGCCUCUUUAUCCAAACUUGUUCUUUCUGCAAAGAUGGCGGCCGAAGCAACUUCUAACGACUCACCUACUCCCUCUUCUUCUGCUUCCUCUGAAACCGUGAUCAAGGUACAACGGGAUGCGGGUGAUGUUCUUUCAGCAGUUCGCAACUUUGUUACCACCUGUCAACAAUGUCAAGUACAAGUAGCUCAUGUAGAUCCACGACUCAUUGACACUCCUGAACAUAUCUUUGGUCAUAUUGCUGGGAAUACUAUGAAUAACAAGACAAUGUUAGCUGCCGUGAAAAAAUUACAAGACGAUCCAUCUCAUCACCAUCCAGUUAUUACCACAUCAACAUCAUCAGGAUCACCAUCAGCAACACCAGCUUCAACAAGUGUAGGAACUACCAUGAAAUUAUCAGAUGCUGGAUUGACUAUGGUUCAAAAGGCGAAAUAUCCUCUCAAUCAAGAUCUGGUGGUCAGUUUACGAACGCAUGCUAACCAAAUUUAUGGGUCUACCGACGCACUCUCAACAUCUGUUUCCUUUUUAUUGACCUUGCAUCGUGCUGACGGAGACAAAAGCAAAACUGGAAAAAACGAUUACAAUGACGAUGACGACAAUAACGAUGAUAAUGACGACGAGGAAGAUAGUGGUAACGACGGUCGCGAUACAUUCGUACGACAAAAACAACGAAAACAUAGUCAACGACCAGCUCAAUAUCACCAUUAUGAAGACAGUGCAGAAGAAGAAAAUGUCAAAGCCAAUGUGGUACAUCUAUUCCGAAGUUUAUCUAGUCAUCUCAGUCAAUUCCUUAGUAUCUUGGAAGACAUUGAUGUACCAGCCAUUGUGGAUGUAGACAAUGAACUUCCCUCGCUUCGAUCAUACAGGGCAGAUAAACAAAUGCUAUUCAAUGGUGUUGGACAAUUAUUUGGAACAGUACAACAAUUGACAGAUCAAAUGAAUGAACGAACACAGGCAGUACAUUCGAUUGAUCAAGCGAUUGCUAGAGUAGAACGCGCCAUGGAAGGAAUUCUGACAGAUGUAGGUGAAAUGGUGAUUCAACGACAUGCAUGGAUGGUUCGGCAAGAAGAAGCUGGUCAGAAUAAUAAUGGUAGCAAUAACAAUCCUAGUGGAAACAAUACUAAUCCCAUGGUGAUCCCUACAGAUGGAUUGAUUUCUGUUAGUGGUGAUAUGUCUUUAUCGCCUAUCACUAGCAAUUUUUACGAUACGACAGAUGAACAAGAAGAUGAAGUAGCUCCAACAGUAUCUCUUAGUGGUGGUUUGGAUGAUCCUCGACGUCGUGGCACUAUGGCUUCUAUUCGAAAACGCAACAAACCUGCUACAGAUGAUAAAAGUUGUGUCAAUUGGUUUUUGGCUCCUGAUUACAAACCUAAUGAAUUACUUUUCAAUAAUGAUAAUAAUGUGAAGGGUGGUACUCUGGCUGCUUUGGUGGAACGAUUGACGAUGCAUGAUAGUUUUGAUACAAGCUAUAUUGCUACCUUUUUAUUGACUUAUCGUUCCUUUUGUGCUACUGAAGAAUUUGUUAAUCUUUUACAAGAUCGAUACAACAUGCAAGCUCCUGAUGAUUUGACGCCGGAUCAACUUGAAAUUUGGACAGAAACCAAACAGAAACUAGUCCGUUUACGUGUAUUCAAUGUUCUCAAGAAUUGGUUGGAAAAUUAUUACGAUGAAGAAGAUGAAUUUAUUCUUGGACGAUUAGAAUUCUUCACCAAUACUGUGAUUCGCGAUGCCUCACCCUUUUCAGCAGAUCAAUUAAAUCGACUGAUACGAAAACGAAAAGAAGCUGAUAGCAAUCAAUCAGGAUUGAAGAAAUUAGUACCCAAGGUAAGCACUGGUCCUUUACCUAUUAUGCCCAAGAACAUAUCUCAUAUCCGACUAUUGGAAACCGAUCCACUUGAAAUGGCAAGACAACUUAGUGUACUUGACUUCAAGUUAUACAGUGGUAUUCGACCGAUUGAAUGUUUGAACAAGGCUUGGUCGCGUGAUACUGUCAAAGGUGGUGUACCUGUAGCUGUCAAUGUUAUCCAAUCCAUUGAUUAUUGCAAUCGAUUGACUUCCUGGGUGACCGAUAGUAUUUUAUCUUAUGAUGAAGCCAAGAAACGUGUAGUAAUCAUCAAAUACUGGGCUCAAGUGGCAGAAAAAUGUAGGAACAUGAACAAUUACAACACCUGUAUGGCAAUCAUUUCAGCAUUUGAUAACAGUGCGAUUGGACGAUUGAAGAAAACUUGGGAAUUAUUGGGUAAUCGAACGAGUCAAGUAUUAUCACAAAUCCGUAAAUUGAUGGGUGCGAAUCGCAACUUUACUGAAUACCGAGAAAUGAUCCAUUCUGUGAAUCCACCAUGUAUUCCAUUCCUGGGUAUCUAUUUACAAGAUUUGACAUUUAUCGAAGAUGGCAAUCCGGAUUAUUUGAAAAAGGCUGAAGGAUUAAUCAACUUUGCCAAACGACAAAAAUGUGCUGAAGUCAUUCAAGAAAUCAAACAAUUCCAAAGUCCUCCUUAUACCUUCCAUGUCGUGCCUGAAUUACAAGAUUUCAUCAAGUCUCAUUUGGAAACAAGUCGUGAUGUUGAAACCUUAUAUGAACGCUCUUUACAUUUGGAGCCAAGAGAAACUAAUGUUGCUCCUUUAUCUUAGAUUUACCCCCAUCCAUUCCUUUCUAUCAUUCUGUUUGUAUUCUUUUUAUUUAUUUAUUUAUUUAUU